GAGAUUUAUCUAAAUUAGACGGUCAUAUGUUGUGGUCUACACUCUACAUAUACAAAUAUACAUUAUAUGAACAAUAUAAAGCUUUAUAUUUUAUGAGUCUAAAAGGAUGAAUGUUUAACUCUUGAGUGGUUAUUCAAAGUAUUAAGUAUGUGUAUAUAUUAGAUAUAUAACUAAUUAUUUAUCUGGUUAAUUUGGGUUGGCUGGUUAGGAGUGUCUGAAACCAAACCAAACCACCUAAACCAAACAAGCUAAAAACUUUAACCAAACCAAACCAAUUAUCCAAAUUAACCAAACCAAAUUAUCCAAAUAAUACUUAUUAAAACGGUUACCAUGGUAACCACACUGUUUGAACACCCCUAAUGGCCUAGAUACUUUAGGAUAAGAUUUAGCAUAUCAAACUGGCGGAUGACGAAGCGCUGGUGGUGGAAGAUGAUGAUAUUGACUCGGCUCUUGGUCAUGCGGUCAGUCUGCUAGGGUUGACUGGUAGAAUCGUGUCCUCCAAGAAACCAAACCUGAAAUCAAUGAAAAUAACUCUGUCAAAGGCAUGGAACUUGCAACAGAAUUUCCAAAUAUCAGAGUCUGGGGACCAACUAUAUGGUUUCCAGUUCAUGAACAAAAGCGAUCAUGAUAAAGUGCUCUUCGGAGGACCCUGCAUUUCGAUAAUAGUUUGCUAAUCUUUAAGCAAGCUGAGGCUUUCCAACAACCAAAAGUAGAGGAUAUUCAUAUCAUGGAAAUAUGGAUGCAAAUUUAUAAUCUCCCAUCAACAUUGCAGACAAAGAGAUGAUACACAAGAUUGGAGUAAGAUUUGACAUACACUUAUUUGGUGGAUAGUAGAAAGGAAUGUGUCUGUAAUGGUGUACUCAGGAUAAGGGUGGGUAAGGACAUCCGAACCCCACUAAAAAAUGAGCUGACACUUAAUCUCAAAGGAUCAAGACAGACCUAUGACUUGAAUUAUGAAAACCUACCUAUGUACUGCUUCUCUUGCAGAAUGGUGGGACAUCCUAAGCUCUACUAUCCUAACCCUUCACCAACAGGGCAGGAUUUGGUUGAACCUGAAUUACAGGUGGAUUUGACGAAACCCAAAACAUGGUAGAGCAGACUAGAAGGAAGAGUUAGGGGACCUAUGGCAGGCUCUAAGGGCCAAGUUUAACAGAUAAGCAUUGACAGCGAGAAUGCAGCUAGAGGAAGCCGAAUAGAAAAAGAAAAGGAAUGAUGAUAGUAUUAAUGAAGUACAACGAAGAAUAUUGGUGGAAAAGGCGAUAAUUGAUCCGACUAAAGAAAAAUCGAGGAGGAAAGAUAGUGGUUUGCCUCUAUCAUUUGUUGUACUGGAUUUAACCAUUUUGGUUUGUUUUUAAUACAAAGGAUCAGAUUCAAUAAAAAAUGACAUUUUCAUUAAAAUAUACAUUUUCAAUUAUUAAAAUACAAAUCUAUAAUAUUAAAUAUUAUAAUUAGAAUACAUAAAAAAAUACAAAAAUAUAUUGAUUACAAUGUCCCCAACGACCGACAUCUCUCAUUGCCAAGAUCAUAGCCGCCAAGUACUAUAAGAAUUGUUCUAUAUUGGAAGCUCGGCCGGGAAGCAAACCAAGCUACAUGUGGAGAAGCUUGCUCAGUGCACAAGACUUUCUGUGUGCCGGCCUUCGUUGGCGAGUGGGUAAUGGUUACAAAGGAAAUCCACAACGGAGUGAUGAAUGCCCGUUCCGUGACCAAAAGGAAACCCAACACCACAUGUUCCUCGAGUGCAGUUGGAGCAGCCGGAUAUGGAGAGGAUCACCGUGGGAAAGCGCGUUUACUGUGCAUGGAUCGUCGGACUGCAUGAAAUGGGUGGCGGAGGUGAUGAAGCAUGAGAGCUUAGACGUGGCGGAAUCGUGGGCUAUGGUACUAAGCGCGAUAUGGAAGGAACAAUAUGCACAUCUAUUUAACGGCCCCAAAUGGCCUGAGGACGAGAUUUUAUAGCGUGCACUUUCAAUUCUUGAUGACUACAGGAAGAACCAAGUCCCCGAGGAAGCAGUCCCAGGCGACGCGCAUGCGGAACGUUGGGAGAGACCGUCGGAAGGGUGGAUCAAGAUCAAUACGGAUGCCGGACUUUUGGCUAAUGAUGGGAUAGGUCUGGGAGCAGUUUAUCGAGACCAUCAGUGGCGCUUUCUUACUGCGGCAACGAAGAUGGUUCGUGGUUCCUUUGGAGUGGAAAUGGCAGAAGCGCUGGCGGCAGAUUUCAGAGUCCAAUUAGCGCACUAGCUGGGUUUCCAUCGCUUUCAGCUUGAAGUUGACAACUUGCGUUGGUUGAGAAAGUAGUGCAAGCUCAGGAUGUGCAGACCGAGAUUGGAGUCAUCUGCAAGUGGAUUUCUCGUCUCUACAGGAGCAGACUCCAUCCCGGGAAGUGUUAAACAAGUAAGGCGAUCGGCGAAUAAUUCAGCACAUAUCAUGGCUCACAACGGGACUAGUUGGGAUAGCAAAGAAGUGUGGCUUGAUAAUCCACUUACUUUCCUUGUUGAUCAACUACGGCUGGAUGAUGUACCAUUUUCCUCCGGUUAAUUGAAUUACAAGUUACCCGUAAAAAAAAAACAAUCGCACAAACCCUUUUGUUUCUUUAUUUCACAAGAAGUUGUUGAAAGUUGAAGCACCCUUUUGUAAAAGAAAACAAGUUGAAUGACCUAGAACAGAAUUCCUCUAUUUUUUUUUUUUGCCUCGCACAAAAUUUCGGGAUAUUUUCCAGAAAUACCACUGUUUAAAAAAAAAUUUCCAAAAAUACCACCCAACCCCAAAAAAUUCCAAAAAUACCACCCUUUUUCAAAAACCGCCACCCCACCCUGCGGUUUACACGAAAACCGUUUGUCGGGGGCGUGGUUUUCUAUGCAAACCGCGGGCCUAGGGGGCGGUUAUAAAAAAAAAAGACCAAACCGCUGGGUGGGGUGGCGGUUUGACCCAAAACCGCCACCCCACCCAGCGGUUUGGUCCAAUUUUUUUUCUUUUUUCGAUCAACUCCUAACUUCGGCCGAAACUUCAAAUGAACGUAACUUUGCACUCGGGUAUCCGAUAGUAGCGAUUUUUUUUUUUCAUUUCGCAUAACUUUUCAAGAUCUACAACUUUUACUAGGAUAAAAAUUUUCAAAACAUGAACUAUUUGUGGAUAUACGGGACCUUGAGAAUAACUUUACCUUUACUUUUCACAAAUCCAUGUACAUUUUGAAAUUAUGAUUAUAUUUAAAGUUGUAGAUUUUGAAAAGUUAUGCGGAAUAAAAAAAAAUUCAUAACAUUCGGAUUUUGGAGCACAAAGUUAUGGCCGCCCAAAAGUUAUGACUAAGAUAGCUCUAGGUAAAAUUCCCCCUUCUGCAAGCCAUCCCUUUUGGGUUCACACCCUGUAGGUCUCCCUUUUGGGUUCACACCAUGUAACUUAAUAUUAUUAUUAAAUCAAACAUUACGAAAAAUUUAUUUAUGAUCGUCUAUAAAAAUUAAAUAAAUUAUGUAAAAUUAAAAAUUUAUAAAUAUAUAGUUUUUUUAGUUAUCUAUCAAAAGCAUGACACGUAAGUAUUCCAUAAUAAUGACAACACUACAUAAAAAUUCUGAAAAAAUCAAUCUUGAACUAUUUUGUUGAAUUUUUUUUUAUUUCAACUAAAUCAUGACGCAUUCAAGACUCCUAUGGUUGCAGAAGGGGGAAUUUUACCUAGAGCUAUCUUAGUGGACUCCAAAGUUAUGGCCGCCCAUACAGUGAUUUCUUCAACCUACAAGCCAUCCCUUUUGGGUUCACACCCUGUAGGUCAUAAUUUUGGAGCCCACUAAGAUAGCUCUAGGUAAAAUUCCCCCUUCUGCAACCAUAGGAGUCUUGAAUGCGUCAUGAUUUAGUUGAAAUAAAAAAAAAUCAACAAAAUAGUUCAAGUAAGAUUUUUUCAGAAUUUUUAUGUACUGUUGUCAUUAUUAUGGAAUACUUACGUGUCAUGC